AAUGCUGCAUAUUUUAUAACCAAUCAUCAUGAAAUUAUUAGUACGCAGAAUCUAAAAAAAUGUAUGCAUGGCUUUUUGACAUUUAUGCUUUAUGGUUUGUUCUUAUUAAUGUGGUGGAUUUAGAUGUACUUCAAAAAAUGAAGUUGGCAGAAGAUAUGAUUGUAAGAAGAACUAGACCUGGAACAAAAGCAGAGGAUUUUAAUAGAUGGCCGGAUGAACCCUUCGAGCAAAUGGAAAGUGUUUUAGUUGUUCAACAGUAUAUUCAACAAACAAUUAGAAGUGAUGCAGCAAAUGUUAAACUUAUACUGAAUAUGCCAGAAGGACAGGAUGAAGGUGUUUGGAAGUAUGAACAUCUUAGACAAUUUUGUAUGGAAUUAAAUGGUUUAGCAGUACGAUUGCAAGAUGAAUGUCAUCCUGAAACAUGCUCACAGAUGACAGCAACGGAACAAUGGAUUUUUUUAUGUGCUGCACACAAAACUCCAAAAGAAUGUCCUGCUAUUGAUUAUACUAGACAUACGUUAGAUGGUGCUGCGUGUUUAUUAAAUAGCAAUAAAUAUUUUCCAAGCAGGGUUAGUAUUAAAGAAUCAUCAGUUGCAAAGCUUGGAUCAGUUUGUAGAAGAGUAUAUAGGAUUUUUUCACAUACUUUUUUUCAUCAUCGAGCAAUAUUUGACGAAUUUGAACAUGAAACUCGUCUCUGUCGUAGAUUUACAGCUUUUGUAACAAAAUAUAGCCUAAUGUCAAAAGAUAAUUUAAUAGUACCAAUUAUAGAAUUAGAAGGAAAUUUUGAAGAUUUAAUUUUUGAUUAAAUGAUAAGUUCUUAAACACGUAACUAUAAUUACAAAUGAAUUAACAACAAUUAAAUGUUAGAUUAAAA